UACACGACAGGAUCAAAAUAAAUAGGUAAAUAGAAGAGCAGCUAGAAUUCAAGGCAGUGCUUGUACAACUGCUAGUCGGAUUUGAACUGCAGGACUUUCAAAACAAACGAAUGGUACGAAUAUUCAAAGUGGGCUGUUAAGUCGAGUUCAAUUCUUCAGAAGUACGUGCAUAGAUCUGAGAUUAAAACAAAAGACUGUCAUAGCGAAUCAAAUAAAUCGACGUGGUUUGCGCAUAAAACACAGACAGAAAGAUGGCAAAGAGUUCGAGUAUCGAUGAAAUCAUGGCGAUCGCAAAGCAGUGUGGGAGCUUGAAGUUCGAAGGCACGGAAAAGGAGCGCCAGGAGCUCUUCGAGCUGAAAAUGCAGCUGGACAGCUGGCAGAAAAUGUGCGAGAAUCUGCUGAGUGGAAAAAACUGGGCAUUCCCCUGCGUGGAGCGCAUGCUCAACGCAUCGGAAUACAAGCUGCGCGAGUGGCGCAGGCGGCUCUGCGGCCUUGAGCGCGACGUGCACAAGGAGCUGCUGAUGUACACUGUGGAUCAGCGCCUCGCCGCGAACGAGGUUACGUUCGCCAAGCCAAACCAGGAAACCGUCGAUCGCGUCGUCGAGGUCCUCGUUGGCCUUCGCAAGAUCUGGGCCGUUGUCUGCAUCAAGUUCGCGCAGGCGAUCGUCGACAAGAUUUCGGAUAUAGAAGAGAGGAAGAAACGUUGCCGUGGCAUCGUUCAUUUUUCGUAAUCGCCAGCUAAUUCAGUCGCUUACCUCGCCUUAUAGUUACUCAGUUAUUUGUAUAUUGACAUUGUCCCAUCCCAUACGCAUUCUUUUGCCUACCUGUAUAAUUCGGUCAUACUUAUAUAUCACGCCAAAUGUAAUGUUAACAUGUUUUUAAAGAUAUCAAUAAAAGUGCAUGCUCAUUGAAAAGAA